AUGGAGCGCAACCCCAUGCCAAUACCUAAACCACCCCCAACCUGGGGAGAAAAGCAGAUCGAAGUCGCCCGCCGCCGAACCCUACUCAAUUAUCAUGUCCCGACCUCGCCACACUCUUUUGUUGACUGGCAUCGAACGCUUGUCAUAGUUCCGCACAUCGCCACCAAAGUCGAAGACUUGUACGCCGACCGAAGCCAAACCCUCGCCCAGCGUCUACACUUCAAGAACGCGCUCAUCGCCGCCACCGCCGCCACUGCCGCCGCUCACAGACUGCCUAUCGCUGCUAAUUCGGCUUUGCUCGCCACACCCCCUGUCUCGGACCUCGAAAUCUUAUACACCCGCAUUCUCACUCUCUACAACGCCCGUCUUGCUUAUAUCCAGGCAGAGGGCGCUCGACGCAUGUCGAUGUGGGCGGAUUGGUGGCACGAAACCUCCAAGCCCUCUCCGCACUGUAACGAAGCGGAAGUAAACGCAUGCAUCUCCACCAUUGCGUUUUUGGAGGACGAUUACCUCAAGCGCAAAGUGGAAUUUGUGGCGGAGAUUCACGCACUACUUGAGCCGGGUGAUAAGGCGAGGGCGGACGCGGUGUUGGAGGAUCUGGAAAUAUUGUACCCAGUGUUGAAGGAUACGGGGUUUUUGAAGCGGGUGAUGGAGGGAGAUGGGGGCGCGUUUGUGGGGUUGAGGGGGAAACUCCCGCAGGUCUGA